CCCACUCCCGAUCCCGAUCGCAGGAACAAUCCAAAGCGAGAAAUACGACCAUUUCUCGACAUUUUCUACUGAAGUAUCCAUCCCUGGUCAAACGCUUUCAACGCCACAUCAUACCGCUCGGUCGCCCAGCCCUAUAACCAUCCGUUGCAAACAUGCAUCCUUGCCUUCAGGUUUCGGAGGUUGUUGGCCUUAUAGUCAACAACAUAUGGGGCGAUAAUGAGCCCAACAUCGAUGUCUUGCCAGAUGACCCAUCCCUCCGAGCCGCGUACAGAUCGCUGGCAAUGCUUGCGCGGACAUGCAAAUCAUUUCAGCCGCAUGCGCUGGAUGCUUUAUGGAGUCACCAGUGGGGUAUCGAGAACCUCCUGCGGUGCAUGCAUCCAAACCUGAUCAUCGUGAAGAAGGUCUCAUUGGGACCAUCACAAGGAAAGAGGCAGAUGAUUUGCCUCACUAAGCCCAGGCUGAAGCCCACGGAUUGGGGCAACUUCGAUGCUUACGCGCGGAGAAUCAAGAAGUUGAGGAUGCCCAAACCAGUGCAUCCCUAUCUCGAGAGUACUCCUGCGGCACCAGACGUCUACCGUGCUCUGGCCAUGUGUGACCACCAUUCACGGCCGUACUUCCCACAUCUCGUCCAUCUCACAUACCAGAUGCCUGAACUAUCGCCAGACAUGCUCGGUUUCUGUGCCACGCUUAUAGGGCCAUCAAUCCGCUCACUGGCAUUAUCGUUGUAUGAAGAUCAAGCAGACCUCAUCACCGUCCCUCUGCUACUAUCCUAUGCAUUACGGCUAUCCCCAUCCCUACAGCAGCUGGAACUCAGUCUUGGCCCAUCCCCCGACGCUCUCUCGUUGCUCAGCAGUGCAUUGCAGUCGCUCAACCAGGUGCGCAGUUUGUCGCUUACGCUACAUGCUGCACCUCCGGUAGAGCUAUGGGAUGCACUCUCAGCAGCGCCAUCUAUCACUCGCUUGACACUUGGAGCACCUGCAGAUUCCCUUGGGUCGAUUCAAGUUGUUGCCAACCUUGAGGCACAACGUAAACUCGACUUCAAGCAAAUCACGCAUCUCACUUUCCAAAACAUCAGUGUUACGGACUGCACACACAUCAUGUCGUGCGCCUCAUUAGCCAGUGUCAUCGGUAUACAUAUGACUUGCCGCUAUUUGGACGAGCUCGAAGGUUGCAACCUCAUUCAGGCCAUCACCUCCUCGUGUUCCUUCGAUCUCUGCGAGCUAUCGAUUGGUUCAUCCAGGGUACCCGGUUCAGGCAUUCCUGCCGAUCAGCUCCGCACCCUCUGGCGCACGUUCCGCAAAAUCACGCACCUCGAUAUAUCGGUUCCCUCCAGAGUCGAUGACACGCUCGUGAAGGAUAUCGCUCACACCUUGCCGGGUCUGCGUAAACUGGGCCUUACGUACCACCAGGACCAACGGUCGAGAGGGCAGCUGGGGGGUGUGACGUCGGAGGGAUUGGCACGCCUCGUCCACGACUGUCCGCAUCUGCACGAAUUAUCACUCGAUAUGGAUCUACGCUAUCUCGAAGUAGGGGGAGAGCAGCCAUUGCCUAGCUCAAGGAACGCACAGAUCAAGCAACUCGACGUGGGCUCUUCGCGAGUGGCGGACGCGGCGACGACUGCUGCUUUCUUGACCGGUCUAUUCCCCAACCUCACCACGAUUUCUCAGCACAACACCCCGGAACAUGCGCAACGUUGGCUAGAGGUGACUCGGCUUCUGAGCAUCUUCAGGAGAGUGCGCGACGACGAAAGGCGGAGGAUGUUGACCGGAGGUGAUACAGAUGUAAAUCACUACGGUGGAAGGCCGUGAUACACACAGCUGAAGACGAGUCGUAUGUGCGACGCACGUUUCUUGUCCUUCUUCACUAUCCGAUGCGCACGUCGCUGUAAUGUAGGACUGUGUACAACGUUCGACGCUA